AUGUUUGUAUGCUGCUAUAGCUUGGGCUGGACACCUGACCACUGGAGAAUCUCCAAGACUAUCCUUCUGCACAAGAAAGAUGACACCCACGAACUCUCAAACUGGCGACCUAUUUCACUGCAAAACACUGCAGGAAAAAUAUAUGCUGGUGUGAUUGACAGCAUCUUACGUCAAGCUGUUGGCUCUAGAAUACCAAAAAACCAAAAAGGCUUUGUCAAACACACCCCAGGCUGUAUUGAACACGACUACUAUGUUCAGGCUACAAUUCGAAAAGCCCGGCGCCAGCGACUACCACUCUACAUAUGCUCCUACGACAUUGGUGAUGCUUUCGGAAGUAUCUCACACGAACGAAUACAGCAAUCACUGGAGCUAAUAGGUCUGGACGAUCGAGCAAUUGACAUCAUAACCAGCAUGUAC